AUGGACAAGCUUGACAAAGGCUCCCCUGCAUUGGGUUUACCCUUGGCCUUUCAUGGUACGAUAAUUCAUUCCAAUAGUCAAACCGACCUCGAAAUUUUGGAGAACUGCUUUCUGCUUGUUGACAAAGCCGGCAAGAUCCAAGCACUACGGACAGGAGUGAAACCUAACGAGAUCAACGACAUCAUUUCCGACCUUGGCUACGCCCCAGAAGUCUUCCCCGUCAAAUACUUGAAGCGUGGUCAGUUCCUAUGUCCCGGUUUUGUGGACACCCACAACCAUGCACCCCAGUGGGCCCAACGCGGGGUCGGUCGUGGAAAAACACUACUGGACUGGCUAAAUGACGUGACUUUUGCCCACGAGGCUAAAUUCGCUGAUCCCGAUUAUGCGAAGCGCAUGUAUAACUCUUGUGUGUCGGGGUUUCUUCGACAAGGUAUCACCACGGCAUCAUACUAUGGAUCGCUUCACGGGAAGGCAACGCAGAUUUUGGCCGAUAUUUGUCUGGAGAAAGGUCAACGGGCACUGGUUGGAAAGUGCAAUAUGAAUCGCAAUUCGCCUGACUGGUAUACCGAUUCCUCGGUUGAAGAUUCCCUUCACCAAACCCGAGCGUUGAUUCAACAUAUUCACAAUAUUGAUCCGGAUAACAAGCUUGUGCGCCCAAUCAUUACUCCCCGAUUCGCCAUAUCAUGUGAACCGGAUCUUUUGACUGGCCUGGGAAUAAUCGCAAAGGAGCACCCCAACCUACCGAUCCAAACCCACUUCAAUGAGGCCAAGGGGGAAAUGCUCUUUACGAAAGAGCUGUUUCCUGAAUUUCGCACAGAAGCAGAACUCUACAACUCAUAUGGACUAUUGAACGAUCGUACAAUCCUCGCGCACUGUAUCUAUCUAGAGGAGGAGGAGAUUGAAACCCUUCGUGAACUCCGUUGCGGUGUAUCACACUGUCCAAGUUCAAACACCAUCAUGGACUUUUUCAUGGUUGCCCCAAUACGCGAAUACCUACGACGAGGCAUCAAGGUUGGACUCGGGACCGACUCUGGAGGUGGUCACUCUAGCUCCAUGCUUGAGACAAUGAGGCAGGCAUUCGUGGUUUCCAUCGCAAGACAAGACGCCACCCAGGGCCAGGACCCUGCGUUAUCCAUGGCGGAAGGUUUUUUCCUGGCGACGCUAGGUGGGGCCCAAGUGUGUGGCUUGGAUGACAAGAUUGGAAACUUUGCCGUUGGUAAAGAAUUUGAUGCCCUUGAGAUCCAUUGUGACGAGGACGGUCUUGGGGUUAUGACUCCAGUGGAAGAAGAAGAUCCCAUAUCCAUUAUUUUCGAAAAAUGGGUCAUGACUGGGGACGACAGGAAUAUCACCAAGGUCUAUGUAUGCGGGCGCUCUGUAAAAGUAUGGCACUUGGAAAUACUUAUCUAG